AUGAGGUGUUCCGACGAGGAGACGACCCAGUUUGAGACCUUUCGAGAUUGCCUCUCGGCCGCCGUCGUCGAACGCGUUACGAAACCCACGCCAAAACCGAAACGGCGCUCCAAAAAGACAAAUUCAACGUCUCACAAUCCCAAAUCUCAAAAUGGGGCCGCUUCGGCCACCGCGAGUGCCGACGACACCCCGGUAGACGCCAACGACAUGGUUGACUUCACCUCCUACCUCGCCUCCGAGGCCUUUGAAUCCUUUCCCCCAGACCUCAAAUCCCUCUCUCACGCCACAUACACCGCCGACCCGUCCCUGCAGUCCCGUUAUACCCUGCCCCUAACGGGCUCCGACGUCGCGGACAUCCUGCCGACCCUGUCCCCCGACGUCGCCGACUCGUUGGUGGCGUACAACAUCAUUGACCCGGACAAGCAGGGCGCACAUGAGUUCCUGGCGCCCGUGCUGAGCGAGUAUCUUGCGGCCAUGACGGCCGCGCCACCGCCGCCGAGGUCGACGAGGGACCAGGUCGAGGGGUGUGAGUUGUGCGGUCGGGAUUGGAUCGGGCUGACAUAUCACCAUCUGAUUCCGCGCAUGGUUCACGACAAAGUUGUCAAGCGCGGUUGGCAUCGGGAAGAGGAGCUUAACAACGUUGCCUGGCUGUGCCGUCUAUGUCACUCCUUUGUGCAUCGGUUCGCGGGGCAUGAGGAUUUGGCGCGGCACUACUAUACCGUCGAGCUCUUGUUGGAACAAGAAGAGGUUGUCAAGUUUGCCCAGUAUGCCAGUCGAGUGAGGUGGAAGGGAAGGUAA